GCCUCAAAGAAGAAGAGCACCUCCAGCUAGCGAUAACGACGAGUUGCUAACCCGUUUGCUCGACUUGACAGAACAAAGUAGCGCCCAGUGAUCCCGAGGAGAGACACGGUAGCCGCUGCCAGCGGGUCAUGCAGCUCUCUGAAAGGUAAUGAGCCGUAAAGCCCCGGGGUCUCGGCUCAGCGGCGCCCACAAACUGCAGCCACAGUGGAGUGACUGGGAGGCCAGCAGGGACAAGCACUCCUAUCGGUACUCUGAAUCGGCGAGUACCCAAAUAGUUGACAGUGUGUCAUCCAGCAAGGACGGAGUGAAGUCCAGAGAGCUUGGUUCAGGAACACUGUAUGACGUGUUACCCCCCAGCUGCCCCGAACAGCCAGCAGUGCCCAGUGAUGCCUACACUGCUGCAGAUCAACACCAGGAAGAGAGUGGAUAUGAAGCUCCUCAAGGUGUCUGUGAUGCUACUUUUGGUUGGAAGUCGCUGGGGCAAGAGUUGAGGCCCAAUGAUGUGACCACGGAUUUGACUCCUUUUCAGCACGGAAACCGUGCUUUAGCUUCCAAGGACAUGAGGAAAUCACAGGACAGAGGGGCUCACUCGGAGGAGACUCGGCUGGCCAACAUCCUGCGCCGAAUCUCCAGGGAGGACGACCGCGACCGCAGGUUGGCCACCCUCAAACAGCUGAAGGACUUCAUCAGCCACGGAGAGAGCAAAGUGACCCUCGUCAAACAGCUGGACUCCAUCCUCAGCAUCUUGAAUGACAUUUUGAACGAGAGCAGUAAGCUGCUGUGGGAGCUGCGUCAGGACGCCGCAGCCUGCCUUGGGAUCCUCUGCACAAUGCUCAGCUACGAGGCCGAGCGCAUCUUCAAGUGGCUCUUCCUCAAGUUGACCUCAAGUGGCCGUGAUGAGGUGAAGCUGUUGUACCUGGUGGCGGCGCAGCGUGCUCUGGAGGCUGCCGGGGAGAAGAAGGCCUUCUCUCACGUCAUGCAGCUGGUGAUGAGCAACCUGCAGGCCAUCCUGGAGAAUGUGGACACACCGGAGCUGCUUUGUCAAUGUGUAAAGUGUAUUCUCCAGGUGGCUCGCUGCUACCCGCAUGUCUUCAGCACCAACUUCAGGGACACCGUGGACAUCUUGGUGGGCUGGCACAUUGACCACACACAGAAGCAUGCUCUCACACAGCAGGUCUCAGGCUGGUUACAGAGUCUGGAGCAGUUCUGGGUGGCAGACCUGACCUUCUCCACCACCCUGCUGGGACAGUUCCUGGAGGACAUGGAGGCAUACGCUGAGGAUCUUGGCCAUGUGGUGUCAGGCGAGGUGGUGGAUGAAGACAUCCCCCCUCCCUCUGUGUCUCUGCCCAAGCUGGCAGCUCUGCUGAGGGUCUUCAGCACGGUGGUCCGCAGCAUCGGGGAGAGAUUCAACCCCUUCAGAGGUCCACCCAUCACUGAGUUCUACGUCAACGAUGUUCUGAACCGGGUCCUGGCUUGUGUUACCACAGCAAAGCAGGUCCAGUUCUCUGAAGCGGUUCUCACAGCAGGGAACGAGUGUGUGGGUGUCCUGCUGGCCAGUGUUGAGCCCUGUGGCCAGCUGAUGGAGACGGUCCUGACUUAUGGCCUGGACCAGCUGGACUGCUGCCAAGCCUGUGGCACGGACUACAGUCUGGCAGUGCUCAGUCUUCUCACUCUGAUUGUGGACCAAAUCAACACAAAGUUGCCCGUGUUCUUUGUUGAGAAACUGUUGGCACCUGACUCCAAGAUGCUGAAGCUGCGCUUCCACCGAGAGAAAGAGGUGAUGUCAGCAGUCCAUGGUGUGUACCAGGCACUGUUGGGCCUGAAGAACAUUCCAACUCUGGAAGCAGCUUAUAAAAUGGUACUGGGUGAGAUGGCAUGUGCCCUGUCCAACCUGAUGGCAACCCUCGAGCCCACUGAUGGGGUCCUGGUGCAAGAAAGCCCAUGCCCCACCAUCCAGCACCCUGCCUUCGCUUCGGUCACCCUUCCGCUGGAAAAGGCCCAGUUCACCCUCAUCUUCAACCUCAGCACCCUCACCACCAUCGGCAACACCAAGAACUCUCUCAUUGGGAUGUGGGCGCUGUCUCCUACCGUCUUCGCUCUUCUCAGUCACAACCUGAAGCUGGUUCACUCCGAGUUAGCAGUCUACUACCCUGCCAUCCAGUAUGCUGUACUCUACACCCUGUUCUCACACUGCACCAGACACGAUCACUUCAUCUCAUCCAGCCUGUCAACAUCUUCUCCCUCCCUGUUCGAUGGUGCUGUCAUCAGCACCGUCACCACUGCAACCAAGAAACAUUUCAGCACAUUGCUAAGCCUUCUGGGAGGUCUUCUUUCGAAGGAGCACCUGUACGCCGAGGCCAGGAGGCUGCUACUGACCUGGGCUCAGGAAGUCUGUGUGCUGAUGAAGAAGUCUGACACCUACAGCCCCCUGUUCUCCCUGCCCUCCUUCAACAAGUUCUGCAGGGGACUGCUGGCCAACGCUCUAAAUGAAGAUCAGAGUAUCUGCCUUCAGACCUGCCACAGUUUACAGGUCCUCUCCUCUUCUCUGUCCACUGAGCUGCUGCAGAGGUGUGUGGAUGUGUGCAGAGUUCAGUUGGUCAACUCAGCGGUGAGGGUGAGGCAGGCCUAUGGAAAGCUGCUCAAGACGAUCCCCCUGGAUGUAGCUUUGAGUAACCACUGCCACCCUGAGAUGAGGGAGAUUUCCCUCGCCAUCCGCCACCACAUGAGCCAAGCACCAAGCAGCACAUUCCACCCCCAGGACUUCAGUGACCUCAUCAGCUUCAUCUUGUACGGGGUCCUGCACCGUGGAGGGAAGGAUCCCUGGAUGGAACGUCUGUACCAUAGCUGCCAGCGCCUCGAGAAGCGGGAUGCAAGAGGUGGUGCUAACGGCAGCAGGCCGGGGGUCGUGCCCCGCGCACUGUUGAAAUCGGAGGUGGUGCUGUGGCAGUGGGCGGUGUGGGAGGCCGCACAGUUCACUGUGCUGUCCAAACUCCGAACGCCGCUGGGCCGAGCUCAGGACACAUUCCAGACCAUCGAAGGUAUGAUCCGGAGCUUGGCUGCCCACAGUCUGAAUCCGGAGCAGGAAGUUGCGGCUUGGGCUGGUGCGGGAAGCGACAGCGAUGGUCACCACUCCAAUCAGCUGCGCCUCGCCCUGCUGCUCCAGUACCUGGAGAACCUGGAGAAGCUCAUGUACAAUGCCUACGAAGGCUGUGCCAACGCCCUCCCCGCCCCGCCCAAGGGCAUCAGGACAUUCUUCUACACCAACCGUCAGACGUGCCAGGACUGGCUGACGAGGAUCCGCCUGGCACUGAUGAGGGUCGGUCUCCUGUCCGGUCAACCGGCAGUUACUAUUCGCCACGGCUUCGACCUGCUCACAGAGAUCAAGAACAGCAGCACCCAGGGUCCAGAGGUGGAGGUACCUCUGACCUUGCUGGUGGAGGCUCUGUGUGAGCUGCGUUGUCCCGAGGCCAUCCAGGGCCUGGCAGCCUGGAGCCCCGUCACCACUGGCAGGAGUCUGGGCUGGCUGUCCACCGUCGCCCUGCAGGCUGAGGGACGGUUUGAGAAGGCAGCUGUCGAGUAUCAGGACCACCUGUCUGCGGCUACAGGGAUGGACUGCAGCAUCAAGAGCUCUGUGUGUGCUCUGCUCAAACCCUCCUGCAACACCAGCAGCCCCAAGAACACCAGCAACGGCGACAGCAGGAAGACGGUGCUGCUGAAGUCCAGUGAGUGUUCUCCAGAGGUCAUCAACUUCCUGGCCAACAAAGUGUGUCAGUGUUACGUGGCCCUCUGCGAUUGGUCAUCGGUGAAGGAGUGGCAGGCCACUGUGCACACCCUCAAGCAGAACUCCAGCAGCCCUGUGAGCAUCAACCUGAGGACGGACUUCAACUUCAUCCAGGCUCUGAGCCGCUUCGAGGAGGGGGACCUGGCAGCGUGCGGGGCUCAGCUGGAGCUGCUGCCAGGGGAGGACUACAGUUCACUGAGCAGCAAGGACAAGCUGGAUCUGAAAAGGCUUCUGCCCUCCAUGAGUCCCGAUCCGACGGAGCUGCAGAGAGCCAUCGAGGUGCAGCUCCUUAGAAGCUCAGUGUGCGCCAUGACGAAAGCCAAUCAACAGCAGGAUCAGAGGACCACAGCCAAUCCGGACACGUUGGUGCGCUGCCUGAAGCAGACUGGACGGAUCUGCCUGGGACCUCUGCGCCUGUCCACCCUGACUCUGUCCGACGCCCUGCCUACCCUGCCCACCCUGCAGCUGCACUGCACCGCCACCCUGGAGAACACCCUCACAGGACAGGAGGACUGUGUGAUUCCCCUGUGCAGCGAGGUUCUGAGCUCUUGUAAGCAGCAGGACAUCCAGCCUUUCCUCCAGGCCCUCAGAUACACCUUGUUCCAGAGACAACUGCUCCACACACUCAAAGGUUACUCUUCCUCCAUAGAUGGACAUCUAGUGGAGCUCUGUCUGACGGCCGUCAAAUUUGCCCGGAAGAAGGGGAACAUUGCCCUGGCGACCCGCCUGCUCAGCCAGUGCAGCGACGGGACGCGAGAGGAGAAGCAGCAGGACGAGCUGAGCCAGGCCUUCAGGCGUCUGACUCUGGAGGGCACCCUGGGGGAGACGUGGGGAGCAGAGCUGCAGAUAGAAAAGGCCAAAGUCCUCCGAACCGCAGGCCAGUCCCUGACGGCCAUGGAGAUGUUGAGCGCUGCCGCUCUGUCCUACUGCAGCGUGGAGAAGAAUGAAGGUGCCGCCUGCCGCUCACUGCUGACUCUCUGCAGAUGGCUGUUGGCCGACUGGAAGGACAUGACCCCACAGCUCAAACAGGUUGUAAAGAAGUCAGGUACGGUCAAUUCGUCCAAUGCUGCAAGCAGCAUGUCGCCUCUGAGCUGGAACAUCGCUGCUCUGAUAGAGCUCCCACUGGAGGACCAAGGCAUUCCCCACAUCACUGCUGAGACGUCAGUGAGUGUCGGUGUUGGGGAGCCAGACUUCGUGUUGGGACAACUCUACCAGCUGUCCACCAGCCUGGCUCCAGAGGUGGCCAAGUCCUGGGCAGCCCUGGCCAGCUGGGCGUACCGCUGGGGCAGGAAGGUGGUGGAUAAUGCCAGCCAAGGGGAGGGGCUGCCUCUGCUCGCUGGGGAGAAGAAGGAAGUGGAGGAGCUGCUACCAGCAACCACCAGUGAAGAAGAUAAGGAAACCAUAUUUAGCAUUCUAGGACAAGCCAUGUGUCGUCCCACUGGCAUACAGGAUGAGGACAUGGCUCUACAGCAGGAGGACGAUGAGGACGACAUGGUGGAUGUCAUCUGGCGACAGCUCACUGGUUCUUGUCCCUGGCUUGCGGAGGCCGGCCAGCCCGUCACAGAUGGUCUGAUCCGAGUGUGGAGACAGGUUGUGGACCGCAUCUUCGGCCUGUACCGGGUCUCCUGCCAGGCCUACUUCACCUUCCUCAAGCUGAAUGCUGGACAGGUCCCUAUAGAUGAGGAUGACCCGAAACUCCUGCUGUCCUAUCACAACAGCAAACAGAGCAACGACGAUGUGAUCGUCAUGGCAACCCUGCGUCUCCUCCGUCUGCUGGUGAAGCAUGCUGGUGAACUGAGGGAGGGGCUUGAGCUGGGCUUAGCCUCAACCCCCACAGCGCCCUGGAGGGGUAUCAUCCCCCAGCUCUUCUCCCGUCUCAACCACCCGGAGGCGUACAUCCGGCAGAGUAUCUGUAGUCUGCUGUGUCGAGUGGCCCAGGACUCCCCACAUCUGAUCCUCUACCCAGCCAUCGUGGGCUCCCUCUCCCUCGGGGGGGAGGCUCAGAGCGCAGGGAGCAAGCUGCCGUCAGCUCUGCCCUCCUUCCUGGGCAGCAUGCAGGGAGAGGACCUGGGUGGGGAGGAGGAGGAUCAGCCAGAGGAGGUCGGACAAGGAGGAGCUCCGGAAGAGCUGGUCACGUUCUGCUCCAGUCAAGACCAGGCCAUGAUGCAGGACUGUUACAGCAAGAUCGUGGAGAAGCUGUCGCUGGCCAACCCCACCAUGGUGAUUCAGGUCCAGCAGCUGGUGGCUGAGCUGCGGAGAGUCACCUUACUGUGGGAUGAGCUGUGGCUGGGCGUGUUACAGCAGCAACACAUGCACGUCCUGCGCAGGAUCCAGCAGCUGGAGGACGAGGUCAAGAGGGUGCAGAACAACAACACGCUGCGCAGGGAUGAAAAAAUAGCCAUAAUGCGCGAGAAGCACUCUGCCCUGAUGCGUCCCGUGGUCUUCGCCCUGGAACACGUGUGCAGCAUCACAGCGACUCCCGCGGAGACGCCGCAUGAGACCUGGUUCCAGCAGACCUACGGUGAUGUCAUCACCUCAGCCCUGGAGCGCCUGAGAAACCCGGCCAACCCGGCCAACCCCGCCAGCAGCUGGCUGCCUUUCAAACAGAUCAUGAUGAGCCUGCAGCAGCGUGCUCAGAAGAGAGCCAGCUACCUGCUCCACCUGGAUGAGAUCAGCCCUCGCCUGUUGUCCAUGACCACCACGGAGAUGGCCCUGCCAGGAGAGGUGUCCGCAUCAGACGCCGUCACCAUUCAGAGUGUUGGCAACACCAUCACUAUCCUGCCCACCAAGACUAAGCCCAAAAAACUCUUCUUCCUGGGGUCCGACGGACACAACUACCCGUACCUGUUUAAAGGUCUGGAAGAUUUGCAUUUGGACGAGCGCAUCAUGCAAUUCUUGUCGAUCGUCAACACAAUGUUCACCAAGAUCAACCAGCAGGAGCAGCCACAUUUCCGCGCCCGCCACUACUCCGUCACGCCCCUGGGAACCCGGUCGGGGUUGAUCCAGUGGGUGGAUGGAGCCACGCCUCUCUUUGGUCUCUACAAACGCUGGCAGCAGAGGGAGGCUGUGUUGCAGACUCAGAAGGCCCAAGACUCCUUCCAGCAGCAGCCAGUGCCUCCAGUACCCCGGCCCAGUGAGCUGUACUACAGCCGCAUCGGGCCAGCACUGAAGGCGGUGGGGCUCAGUCUGGACGUGACCCGACGGGACUGGCCUCUGAGCGUGAUGAAGGAGGUGCUGAAAGAGUUGAUGGAGGCCACGCCCUCCAACUUGCUGGCCAAGGAGUUGUGGUGUUCCUGCACCACGCCCAGUGAGUGGUGGAGGGUCACUCAGUCCUAUGCCAGAUCCACUGCCGUCAUGUCGAUGGUGGGAUACAUCAUUGGCCUGGGUGACCGUCACCUGGACAACGUGCUGAUUGACAUGACCACUGGAGAGGUGGUGCACAUUGACUACAACGUGUGCUUUGAAAAAGGCAAAAGCCUGCGGGUGCCGGAGAAGGUGCCAUUCAGGAUGACCCACAAUAUUGAGACUGCUCUGGGAGUCACUGGGGUGGAGGGUAUCUUCAGGCUGUCCUGUGAACAGGUGGUUCAAAUGAUGCGCCGGGGCAGAGAGACUCUGCUGACUCUGCUGGAGGCCUUCGUCUACGACCCCCUGGUGGACUGGACCGCUGGGGGGGAGGUGGGCUUCGCCGGUGCCGUGUACGGAGGGGGAGGCCAACAGGCCGACAGCAAGCAGAGCAAGAGGGAGAUGGAGCGAGACAUCACACGCUCGCUGUUCUCCUCCAGGGUGGCCGAGAUCAAGGUGAACUGGUUCAAGAACCGUGACGAGAUGCUGGCAGUGCUGCCGCAAGUGGAGGAGGGCGUGGAGGAGUACUUGGUCCUCCAGGAGCUGCUCUGCCAGGGGGAGAAACUCCAGGCCAAGCUGCAGGAGGAGAUCAGCUUUCUGGAAGGGGCGGAGAACCACCCGGACCACCUCAUCCUCACCCUGGAGCAAAGGUAUUCUGAACACACUCAGCUGCAGUCGCGGCAGCGCACGGUGCAGGAAGCCAUCCAGAACAAGCUGGCCGACCUAGACCAGUGGAUCUCUCAGUACCAGGCGGCGUUCGCCAACCUGGAGGCCACCCAGCUGGCCAGCCUGCUGCAGGACAUCAACAGCCCCAUCGAUCUGGGUCCUCCGAGCUAUGUGCCAGCCACAGCCUUCCUACAGAACGCGGGCCAGGCCCACCUGAUCAGCCAGUGCGAGAGCCUGGAGGCGGAGUUGAGCUCCCUGCUGCAGCAGCGUCGUGGGGCCCUUCAUGGCUGUCUGGAGCAGCUGCACAGCUAUGCCACAGUGGCCCUGCUCUACCCACGUGCCACUCUGCUGCUGCACCGGGCCCACCAGUGGAAGACCUGGUUGGAGGAGCUGCUCAGAGACAUGACGGUGGAACACUGCCAGCACUUGUACAGACAAUACGAGGUGCAGUUUGCCCCCAAGCUUCCUGCGGCCUCUUGCCAGUUCCUGUCCAGUGUGGAGUUGACUCUGCAGCACCAAGUGGCCGACACCAAUGAGUGCGUGAUGCACCAAGCGGAGCGACUCAAGGCCGAGGGUACGACUGUGGCUGACUGCGAGGAGCAGCUGCAGGAGAUCGAGCACUGCAUCACAGUGUUCUUGAGGGAGAACGGAGAACCGGGAUCCCUUAGCCUCGCUGGAAUCAUCACAUCCGCCCUCUGUACACUCUGCAGGCGGAACCUGGUGAUGGAGGGGGCAGCGGCCAGUGCCGGGGAGCAGUUGGUGGACCUGACCUCUCGGGAUGGGGCGUGGUUCCUGGAGGAGCUCUGCAGUAUGAUGGGAAAUGUCAGUGCCCUGGUGACACUGCUACAACACUGCCCACUCCUGCCCCACGACCUGGAGCUGCCUGCGCCUUCAACCACCACACAGGCUGUGUACCUGGCCAAUGCUGUGUACACCUGCUUACAGGAGCUGAACACCAACUUCCGACAGAUCAUCUUCCCAGAGGCUCUGCACUGUAUGAUCAAAGGAGAGCCCACCCUGGAGUCCAUGUUGGCCGAGCUGGAGCAGCUGGUGGAGCAAAGCUCUGACGGUCUGGGCCUGCUUGGCCUGGCCGACAGCCUGCAGGCCUCCACUGGCCUGGACCCCGACGGGCACAACCACUGCUUCCACAUCUCCAGGAUGCUGCGUGCUCAGUACUCUGAGCUGAUCCAGCCUCGCAGCCUGGAAGGACCAGGCCAGGACACACCCAAGAUGUCUGCGGGCCAGAUGCUGUUGGUGGCCUUCGAUGGCAUGUUCACGCAGCUUGAGACGGCCUUCGGGCAGCUCACAGAGAAGCUGAGUUCUCUGGAGGUGCCGUCAGCUUGGAGGAAGGUGGAUGUUCUGAGGGAGGCCCGGGCUACACAGCUCCACUUCUUUGAUAGUCCGACUCAGCGACAGCUGAUGGAAGAGGUCUUCUUCCUCAAGAGACUUCACACCAUCCGGGAUUUCUUCAGGCUCUGCUCCUCCUUCGCUCAGACUCUGUCUGGUACGUGUCCCUCAGCCGAGGACCUGUUGCCUACAAAUGGACCCGUCGGUUUGGGGAAGCCACUGUACCAGCGGCCCAGUCCAACAGGGCCUGGUGUGGCCAUGGUGAGCGAGGAGCAGAUGACCCGGCCCAUCAAGGCCUUCACAGCAGAGUUUGUCCGCCAGAUGCUCAUGGGCCUGCCCAGCCACGCCCUCAGCCUGGCCCUCUGCAGCAGCAUGUCUGCCCUUGGCCUGGACGUCGUCACCCAGGUGGAGGCAAAGGACUUUGGUGCAGAGAGCAAGGUGUCCCUGGAUGAGCUGUGUAAGAAGGCAGUGGAGCAGAGCCAGGCAUCGGGCAGGGUCUCCCAGCUGCUGCUCAACAGAGCCACGGUCCUGGCAUCCUCCUACGACACGGCCUGGAAGAAAGUGGACCUGCUGAGGAGGCUGGAUGGCAACCUGGAGGCUGCCAAGGCCAGUCUGCAGAGGAGCCAGCUGCACAUUGCAAUGUUCCAGUGGCAGCACGAGGACGUUCUGAGCCCCAACAAUCAGCCAAUCAGCGUCAGCAUCCCUCCUCGCUCCAUCAUCCUCAGCAACAUGAAGAAGAAGCUGUACAAGCUCAGUCAGGACGAGGGAGCGAUCGUCGCCAUCCAGGAGAAGCUGGCGUCUCUUGAAGCCAGCAUCGAGCAGCGUCUGAAGUGGGCCGGCGGAGCCAACCCAGCUCUGGCCCCCGUCCUGCAGGACUUUGAGAUGACGAUCAGGGAGAAACGUGGCAUUGUGGCCCGGGAGAACCAGCGCACCAGCCAGGUCACUUUCUUAUGCUCCACCAUCCUGAACUUUGAGGGUCUUCGGACACGAUCCCCUGAGGCCCUCAACAUGGACGCGGCGCUGUUUGAGCUGCUGAAGCGCUGCCAGCAGACCUGCUCCUACUCUGCCCAGUUCAGCAGCGUGGUGUCUCCACUGGAGCUGCAGCUUCUGCACAGACUGAGUCCACUGCGGGACCUGCCCAUAGGCAGCCCCGAUUGGCUGAGCUGUGCCCAGAGGCAGCUGGAGGAGGAGCUGAGCGCCGAGCAGAGGACCCAGGAGGAGCGAGACCAGCAGCUGGAGUCCUGCGGGGAGACACUGCAGCUCCUGGUCGACUCCAUUAAAACCAUCCUCUCCAACCACAACCGCCAACUGGCCGAUGUCAAACACCUGCUGAGAGCCAUGGCUAAGGACGAGGAGGCGGCGAUGGCAGAUGGUGAAGAGGUGGCCUACGAGGGCAGCGUGCGCCUCUUCCUGUUGGAGUACAAAGCGUGGCAGGACAACAUCCAGCUGGUCUUGUUCACCGUGGUCCAGGCCAGUGGGCAGCCUCGCAGCCAGGAGCAGGUGGAACUGCUGGAGGAGAUCCCUGCUACUCUGAAGGAACUGCACUGCCAGAGCCAGAGUGUGUACAAUGGCCUGGUGGGCUUUGCCUCCCCGCUGGUGACGGACAGAGACGGUGAAUGUGCCAGUCCUGUUUUGGCAGCACAGACGAGCUUUGCAGCAGCUGUGAGGUGCAGUGGGGUGAAGACCCAGCCGGACUCCAUGUCCCAGAAUGCACGCAAGGGUCUGCAACGUAACCUCGGAACCCCCACCGACACCCCCCCCAGCACUCUGCUGAUGAACAGCAGAGGCCUCAACCCCAGCCCCAAGAGGGCCGUGCGGGACCCAAAGACCGGACGGGCCGUGCAGGAGAGGAACUCGUACGCGGUCAGCGUGUGGAAGAGAGUGAAGGCCAAGCUGGAGGGUAGAGACGUGGACCCCAACCGGAGGAUGAGCGCCACGGAGCAGGUGGACUUCGUCAUCAAGGAGGCCACCAACAUUGACAACCUGGCCCAGCUGUACGAGGGCUGGACAGCCUGGGUGUGAACGCUAUACUUCUUCAUGUCUUUGGUCCAGCGAAGGCUUGGAGAUCCACCAGAGUCCAGCGGGUCUGGGGCGUCGGAAACAGCAGCACCGGGCCACACUGCGGCGAGGAAGUGGGGAGCGGAUGCUUAGUCUGCCCUCCCACAUUCCUGGGCACCCAAACUGGGGCAGCGACCUUGUGGCACCACUGCAACCACACUCCCCCAACCCUCGGCGAUGGGGUUACAACGCUUAGUGGGCCUGCGGCCCCCGCCUUUGACCAAGCGAAGCAGUGCGGAAUGGGGGAGGGGGGAAGGAGGGCAAAGGCCCCGCCUCACACUCGACUUGGAGAAACCUUCCCCCCUCACCUGCAUAGCUCACUAUCAAGUUGUCCCCACAAACAUCAGUGAUCCUGGUGAGGCCGGAUGAAGCCGCGGGAGUGGGUUCCCUCUGAAGCACACAGCCGACGUGCUGUGGGUAGGACUUCACGGGGGCUGCAGCUCGGAGGGAUUAGGCGUUUAGGUGGCCACUUGUUUUUCUCUUAUUGUUUCCUCAACAGCCUUGUGCUUCUGAUUGGCCAGUGGGUGACAUGGUGGGGCAGCAGUGAUCAGAACCAGGUUCACUCCAACCUGACAUCAGAACAAAUCAAAGUAGAAAGAAUCAAACCGUUCCUGGAUUGAUGAACAGUGAAGACUCUGACACAUCUCUGAGGUGAUGUCUCGUGUCAGCGAUGAAAAGACGAAGUGGAAUUGUUUUGUCAGAAGGCUUAUUUGAACUCUGUCAUGUGAAAUGUUUGAGGACGGCUCACGUGAGCGUCGACUGGACACGUACAGGUGAAGAACCUCCGAUUCUUUUUUUUUCUUCAGUGUGCAUCUGUUGUGCUUUGUAACUAUCUCCAGUCCCUGUUCACUCCCCGGCCCUGUUGCUAGCAUUUUAUUAACCCUGACUGUCUAGUUUUACAUUUUUAGUGGGGCAAAUUCUGUUUUUGGUGAUGGUACAAAAUGUGAAUUCUUAAAGCUUUUAUUGGAUUUUGUUGGAUGCCAAAUAAACAUGGAAGUAAGAGUGGA